GUGCUUUUCUGUCUGCGAAUGACUGCAAGUUGUGAUUGAUAUUUCAUGUUUUGAGUGGGUAUCCACUCACCAUGCUACACAUUCUAUCAUGUUCAAGACCGGCUCGGCUUCUCAUCCGAGGACAUCAAUUCCGAUCCAAUCUCCGACAUCUGUCCGAUGAUCAGCCGUCGCCCAUGACGUUGCCCCCUCCCGGCUUUGACUUGGCCAAAGCUUUGAAAACCGACCACGCCCUCGAUCAAAUCCACACCUACGACCCCGAGAGCUCCUCCUCCGUGAAAUCGACGAAGGAGAAACCUGAAACCAAGUUGAAGGUCAUCAAACGCGACGAUUCGCAGAACUAUGUUUUGCUCUUUCCCGGACAAGGCUCACAAUUUGUGGGCAUGGGGCGGGAAACCCUGGGCGUGCCGGGUGUUAAAGAUAUCUUUGAUCGAGCCAGUCAGAUUCUCGACUUUGAUCUCUUGGACAUGUGUCUUAAUGGACCGGCUAAUAUGCUCGAUAAAACUCGAUACUGUCAGGCAGCCGUGGUGGUUUGCUCUUUGGCUGCCGUUGAGCGGCUCUACACCCAAAUUCCGCAAUCCCUUGAAAACUGCGUGUCCACGGCCGGAUUUUCUGUGGGUGAGAUCACGGCUCUGAUCUUCAGUGGAGCCAUCAGUUUCGACGAAGGAAUCCGAUUGGUCAAGGUGAGGUCUGAGUCCAUGCAGUAUUGUUCUGAGCUGGAAGCCAGUGGCAUGAUGACCAUAUUCUUUGGGGCUAAAAACAACGUGUCACUCGGACUACAAGCGGCUAAGAAAUGGGUCGAGGAGAAGCAUGGUAUCGAUACGCCCGUGUGUCUAGUGGCAAACCAUUUAUAUGCCGGUGCUAAAGUCGUUGCAGGUCAUGAGGAGACCUUGCGAUUUCUCGAAAGCAAUCACCAAGAUUUUGGUAUCCGACGAGUCAAACGUCUUCCCGUGUCCGGAGGGUUUCAUACGUCCCUAAUGGGCCCCGCUGUGCCCAUUUUUAAGGAGACCUUGAAUGUGUGCAAUGUGAUGGAUCCAAGAAUUCCAGUUUAUUCGAACAUUAAGAAUCUGGUUUAUACGAAAAGAGGCCUGAUCUUGAAAUAUCUUCCGAAACAGAUGGUGAGACCGGUGGCUUGGGAACAGACCAUGAACAACAUGUUUCGAUAUGAAGAGCCCGAGUUUUUACCAAACAUCGUCGAGUGUGGACCGGGUAAAGCGCUUUCGGGGAUUUUAUUCAAGAUCAAUGGGAAAGCGGGUAGGAGAACAACACGUGUCGAAGUUUAGCACAUAUCCCUUUGUUUCGGAAGUGGACUUGGGCGUCUCUACUCUUGCUUUCCUUUGUCGCCAAAUACAAAUGGAGCAAGUUUGUGUUCGGUGAUGGUGAACGGAUCCAUGGACA